AAACAGAUGCUCUCAGUGCUUCUUGCCACAGCUGGAGCUGUCAUGUCCCUCAGAAACUUUGAGAACUCAUUCAACAACAACCACCAAAGAUUAGGUCUAGCACUUUAUGGUGCCAUCUGGGUGCAAGCCUUGAUAGGAUUUUUCAGGCCUCACAGGGGAAAGAAAGAGAGAAGUUUUUGGUACAUGGUGCAUUGGAUGCUUGGAACCCUAAUAUCAUUGGUUGGGAUCAUCAACAUAUACACUGGUUUAAAUGCCUACCAUAAGAGAACACAGAGAAGCUCAGGGCUUUGGACUCUCCUUUUCACAGCUGAAGUGUCUUUCAUUGCUAUCUAUUAUCUAAUCCAAGACAAAAGAGAGUACAUACAAAAGCAAGCAGUGAUUUUAGGCAAUCUUGAACCAAUCACUCAAGAUCAAGAAAAUGUUCAAAGGCAAAACCAAAAGGAUAUGCUGCCUCAGCAGCCAUGUGGCAAACACAAUGCACUCAAGAACUUGUUUGACUAACAUGGGCUUCUUUUUUCUCUCUUUUUAAAAAAAAAUCACCCUUUAGUCUGUCUGUCUGU